AUGUGGAUUGGAGGCAGGAAAGGACGGAUAGGUCUGCAGGGAGGCAGUCCCGGAAAUGUUCGCGCACACUCCGGAGAUCUGCCAAUCGCCCCCGAGUCCCUUGGAGCAGGGCCUGGGCGGAAGAAUCUCUACGCAAUGCUGCUGAAGGGAGCCGGCGAAGGUGUCGCGGGCGCCCAUUUGGAAGUGAAGCCUGGGGCUUGGAAGAGCGCCUCCAACUUCGUCGGCGCACAGAGCGCAGGAGUCCAGCCUCCGCGUGCACCGCCUCCGGACUUCCCGCCCUGGGUGCACAUCGACUCGCAUCUUUGCUACAAGGCUUCGUCCGGAAAAACCUUGGAGGUCAUCGUGAAAGAUAUCUCGGUGGAGAAGGGCAGCGUGAAGAUCGUGUUUGCGGACAACGAAAAGAUUUGGAAGACCAUCCCGAUCAGCACCAUCACCAGUAAGGAGAAUCCUUUGCUUGGCCAGUGGGGUGCCGAGCGCGACCGGCUGGCCGUCGCAGACUACUUCGAACUGGUGAGUUUGAUGGUGGACCGUGAAAACAGUGUAUUUGCAGCCGACAGGGCCAACAGUAGGACGAGAACCAGCGGAUCUUACACAGGGCACUGCAUCGAGACCUUGGAUGACUGGAUGGACCCUGGAGUUCCCGAGUUUCUUUGGUUCUCAGAGGGACAGUGGAAGGUCGAGCCGCUUCGAGACUUGGGAGGGCUGCGCGCGCAGUGGGCGGUGCUAAAAUGGAGGCACAGAGAUGGCGAAGCAGGCACAGGCAAGCGCUUUACCAGAGAAGAAGAGGAGAUUGAACAGGUCCGUCGCCGCUGCUUGCGCUUUGCCCUGCCCCUGGCACUGCUUACGGUGCUGGGGCUGGCCAGGAGCUAUGCUGCCAUCCAAGGCCGGGAUGCAAGGGUCGGCGGGACGUUUAAGGUGCCGUUUCGUGGAGGGUUGGCACACUGUUUGUCACACACAUAA